AUGAACACAGAGAACAAUUUGAAUUAUCAAAAUAGUUGGAUAGAACAAGCCCGUAUAAAUCAUUUAAAUGAAAUAGAAACUGAUAGGUUUAUGGUUGAAGUACCAGAGAAAACACCAAUAUAUACAACUAUCAAGCAUUCAUAUUCCUCCAAAUCAUUACAAAAUUCCCCAAAAUAUAAUGAUCUGAAUCAGGUUUCACUUGAUGAUCCAGUCCAUUUCACAAGAAUUUCUUCCUCUUCAUUAUUGAGUGAUUUUUCAUCAUCUGAGAGUGCUGCAGAUAGUAUAAAAGAUAGCGAUCAUAAGAGUGAUGAAAGUAGAAGCAUCAGCAAUGGUAGUGGUCUCCAAGCACCAUUCAGAUUCAAUUCUAUUUUUACGCAGUCCUCUGUAGCUGCAAGAGAUACUGAAAUAUUUGAUCAUGCAACCAUAUCUGAGGAUAAUACAAACUCAACAAUACGGAUGUCCAGAUCAGAGCAAGGAAAUGUCACAACUACAACAAUCACACCUGAUACAAGCAGCAGCUUAUUUGUUUCUACUGAAACACCAAAUAAGGGACAAUUUUUUAAUAAAAAUAUUAAUGUAGGAAGUACUGAUACUUCAUAUUUAUAUAAACCAUCAAUUAAUGGCAUCAGAACCAUUCCUAAAACAGCAAUAGAAACAUCACCUGUACUCACACAUGCCAAUGCAUUUCCCAAGACAUAUACCCCCAAUGUAACAAGUAAAGCAGCACUUACCAACCGUAUCACGCCUCAAAAAACAUAUGAGAUGUCUACUCCAUCUAGAAAAAACCAUAGCAGAAAAAAAUCUACUAAUAUAGUAAAGGAUGUGUUUUCUAGCUUUAUACAAGGUAUACGAAAAAGCCCAGAAACACUAUCAUUAAGAAAAAGUCUCGAUAUUUCUAGUCCCUAUAACAUGAAACAUAUCCAUCAUGUUGGGUUUGAUCAUACUACUGGUGAAUAUACAGGAUUGCCUGCAGAGUGGCAGCAACUAUUAACUUCAAAUGGUAUUACCGUAAAAGAACAGGAAAGAGAUAUGAGUACGUUGGUUGAUAUUGUCAAGUUCUACCAAGAUGUAACAAAACAAAAUGGAGAUGAUAAAGUAAUUGAGAUGUUCCAGCCUUAUAAUAUGGAUAUAUUGAGCAUUGAAGAGUCUUCGAGUUUAAAAGAAAGUAAUCAUUCUUUAAAAGUGAACUUAGCACGUACUCAUAGAAAAGCUCCUGGUAUUCCAACUAUGAAUAAGAAUGAAAACAUAACAACGGGAGUUGAGCAUGAGAUAUCUGGAACUGAAUCUAUUUUACUACCUGACCUUCCUCCAACUGAUAUGGAAAUGCCUUUAGAGACUCAGACAAAAAUGAACAUAAACAAACCUAACCAAGAAACACAACAAGAAAUAAAUGUUCCUAAGUCCCAACAAUCAUUUAAUGAUAAAAGUAAUAAGCCACAGUCAGUUCUGUUAAGAUUACCCACUCAGUCUGAUAUUGAAAAAAAGACCAAAUUUUUAAAUAAGUUAUCAUCCAUAUGUAACAAGAAUGAUCCAAGGAAAUACUAUGUGAAUUUAUCAAAAAUUGGUCAAGGUGCUUCUGGUGGUGUUUAUAUCGCCCAUCCAAUAAAUACCAACCAUUGUGUUGCUAUUAAAGAAAUGAAUUUAGAAAAGCAACCUAAGAAAGAGCUAAUUAUCAAUGAAAUCUUGACAAUGAAAGAGUAUAGACACAAAAAUAUUGUAAAUUUUGUUGAUACUUAUAUUGUAGAUAAGAAUUUGUGGAUUAUUAUGGAGUAUAUGGAAGGAGGUUCAUUGACAGAUAUAAUUCAAUAUUGUAUUCUAUCAGAAGGUCAAAUGGGCGCUGUCUGCAGGGAAACAUUAAAAGGUUUACAAUUCCUGCAUUCACAAGGUGUUUUACAUAGAGAUAUUAAAUCUGACAAUAUUUUAUUGUCAAUGGAUGGUGAUAUAAAACUAACAGAUUUUGGAUUUUGCGCCCAAAUUAACGAUAUUCAUAUGAAGAGAACAACAAUGGUAGGCACUCCCUAUUGGAUGGCCCCAGAAAUUGUUUCUAGAAAAGAGUAUGGACCAAAGGUCGACAUAUGGUCAUUAGGUAUUAUGAUAAUAGAAAUGAUAGAAGGUGAACCUCCAUAUUUGAAUGAAACACCCUUAAGGGCAUUAUAUUUGAUUGCUACAAAUGGAACUCCAAAAUUAAAAGAGCCAGAAAAGUUAAGUGAUAUUUUUUAUAAAUUUUUAAGCCGUUGUUUGGUUGUAGAGACGCAAUACAGAGCAUCAGCUAAAGAUUUGUUGAAUGAUGACUUCAUUAUUAAAAUUGCUGAUGAUAAACGCUCUUUAUCGUCUUUGGUUAAAUUGGCUCAUAGUUAUAAAAUGAAGGAAAAUGCUAGCAAUUAA